AUGGUUAUAGAGAAACCUAGUCUCCUGCUGGUGGGGCAGGAACUUAGGAGGAGGUAUUACACACCACUGAAACAGGCCCCAAAGCUUCACAGAUUUUAUGGAAGAAACCCUUCUUAUGUCUGUGGGGGAUUGGAUUCAAAUGGAAAGCCAGCAGAUGCAGUUUAUGGACAGAAAGAAAUCCAUAGCAAAGUGAUGUCACAAAACUCUACCAAUUGCCACACUAAGAUUCGUCAUGUUGAUGCUCAUGCCACUCUAAAUGAUGGUGUGGUGGUCCACGUGGUGGGGUUGCUCUCUAAUAACAACCAGGCUUUGAGGAGAUCCAUGCAGACAUUUUCCCUCCUUGCUCCUAAGGACUCUGUUGCAAAUAAGUUCUACAUUCACGAUGAUUUCAGAUACCAAGAUAAGGUCUUUGCUGGCUUUGUCACUGAGCCUCAGGAGGAAUCUGAGGAAGAGGCAGAGGAACCUGAAGAAAGACAGCAGACACCUGAGGUGGUACUUGAUGAUUCUGGAACUUUCUAUGAUCAGACUGUCAGCAAUGACUUGGAAGGACAUUUAGAGGAACGUGUUGCUGAACCAGAACCAGAGCAAGAAGCUAUGUCUGAAAUCCAACAGAAAAAGUCUGAGCUAGCAUUAGAAGAACCGGCUCCUGAGGACACACAGAAGUGUUCUUCCCCAGCACCCACAGACAUAGCUCAGACCAUAUAG